AUGACUUCAGAUUCAAACGGCCGAAGCGCUCCGAACAGCUCUCAAGACCAAACCCAGUCUCAAAAUGCCGACAAUAUUUCACACGUGCUCGCCGUGCCGACCUCUGAUUUCAAAACCCGCCUCGAAAUCUUUUCCACCAAGAUCCCAAACUUUUAUAUAGCACCUUUCUGCGGAGCCAGCGCUGGCGUGGCCUCCGGUAUUGUCACAUGCCCUCUCGAUGUCAUCAAAACCAAGCUCCAAGCUCAGGGCGGGUUCCGGCGGGGAACAAAAGAAGUUGCGUCGGCGCAAUUAUAUCGGGGGAUGCUCGGGAGUGGAAGGAGGAUCUGGCGAGACGAUGGCAUUCGCGGCCUUUACCAAGGAUUAGGACCGAUGUUGCUAGGAUAUCUCCCAACGUGGGCUGUUUAUCUAGCGGUCUAUGACCGAACUCGUGAAUAUUUCUAUGACCAGACAGGAAGCUGGUGGUUAUCCCGCGGCUAUGCCUCGAUUACGGCCGGUGCAUGUUCAACGAUUGUGACGAACCCCAUUUGGGUUAUAAAAACAAGACUCAUGUCACAGAGCCUCAAACAAAACGCUGAAGGAGCGCGAGCCCCUUGGCGAUACUCAGGCACAUGGGAUGCCGCUCGCAAGAUGUACCAAGUCGAGGGUCUUCGAUCCUUCUACUCUGGUCUCACCCCGGCUCUGCUGGGACUGACCCAUGUGGCCAUCCAAUUCCCACUGUACGAAUAUCUGAAAAUGGCAUUUACAGGCUACGGUAUUGGAGAACACCCUGAUACCGGUAGCUCACACUGGGUCGGAAUCUCUCUCGCGACCUUCCUCAGCAAAGUUUGUGCAAGCACAGUCACAUACCCACACGAAGUCUUGCGCACUCGACUCCAAACACAGCAGCGGACUGUACCAGCGGCAUCUCAUGAAGAGAUUGCGUUCCGCGGCGCAUUGUCACAUCCACAUGACCGCGGCCAGUCACAGGGUAUCUCCUCGUCAGACGGAAUGGCCAGCCGCCCACGCUAUAAUGGCAUGGUGCGCACAUUCCAAACAAUCCUCCAUGAGGAGGGCUGGCGUGGCUUCUACUCCGGGAUCGGCGUCAACCUGUUCCGGGCCAUUCCGGCUGCUAUGACCACCAUGCUCACCUAUGAAUACCUGCGGAAGCAAAUCAAUACCUUGCAGCAUGAGGGUGCACAGAAGCUUGUGAUGGAAGAAGAGGCACGGGGUUCUAUCUAA